CCUGGCUGGCCCCCUCUUGGGUGAAAGGUUCUGUCUUUCCUGCUGAGAGACCUCCCCCCAUCCCGAAUGUCUGCAGUCCCUCCUCCUCUUCCCGACUCUGUCCCUCUGUCCGGGCCGCCGGAGGGCGAUGGCAAUCGUCGGUGCGCUCGGAAUGCGCCGCUUGGCACUGGCUCAGCCCCCUCCUUCCCUCCCGCCUCACUCCCUCUCUGUCUUUCGCCGUCCCCUCCCAGCGCUCCGCUGUGCCUGUCAGGGGGAGGCAGCCUCGUCCGUCCGUCCGUCCCGUCCGUCCGUCCCCUCGCUGCCUCCCUCUCCUCCUCUGCCCGGGACUUGGCUCACCAGCCGCCGCUCAGCCAGCCAGCCAGCCCCGCUUGCCCCGCGCGCGCUCUCUGCGCCUCCCAGGGCGCAAGGUGCGCCGCGCUGGAGGAGGGCUCGGCGCUGGACCGCCCGGCGAGCUUCCCGCUCCUCCUGGUUGCCGCUGCGCCCGCAGGAUGUUGGCCCCGUCCCGCACCCAGCUGGGGCUUUUCUUCAUCUUGCUCUGCCCGGCCAACAUCAUCGGGCUAUGGUGUGGGCAGCCCACUGGUCAUGGAUCCCAACAGCAUCUGCCGCAAGACCAAGCGACUGGCUGGAAAGCAGGCUGAACUGUGCCAGACAGAGCCUGAGAUAGUACAGGAAGUUGCCAAGGGUGCCAGACUGGGCGUGCGUGAAUGCCAAUAUCAAUUCCGCUUCCGUCGCUGGAAUUGCACCAGCCACAGCAAAUAUUUUGGGAAGAUCCUACAGCAGGAUAUCCGGGAGACAGCCUUUGUCUAUGCCAUCACGGCAGCAGGGGUGAGCCAUGCCGUCACACAGGCCUGUAGCAUGGGCGAGCUGCUGCAGUGUGGAUGUGAGGCGACUCGGAGCCGAGCCCCUCCUCUGCCCCCCACCAUUACAGGGUCAGAGGGCUCCGCUUGGGAGUGGGGUGGCUGUGGGGAUGAUGUGGACUUUGGCUAUGAGAAGUCUCGCCAGUUCAUGGAUGCUAAACGCAAGCGUGGCAAAAGUGACAUUCGAACUUUGAUUGAUCUGCACAACAACGAAGCAGGACGCUUGGCUGUAAGGAAUCACAUCUUGGGGCCAGUGCCGUGCCCGCGGGCUAUUCAGGAGUUCCUGUGCCUACGCACCCUGCUGAAAGAAGAUGCCCCUUUCGAGAUUGGGUGACGCACGCCUGCUUGAGGAAAAGCGUUUUCAAUGGGGCUUUUAAAGAGUGAUGGGGAAACAGCAGCUUGGCAAAACACUCAUCCCUGUGGGCGGUUAUCAAACGCGCCAUGAAUCGGCCAGGACCUCAUCUGCUCUGCUGACUCACCUGGCUUCUGCCGUUUUAGCAAACGCAUAAAACAGGUUAAUCCUUGGGCACCGUGAAGAGGCUGAGGUGUGCAAUAGCACUGCCAUGGAUGUGAGUGGCUGUGACUUGCUAUGCUGUGGCCGGGGUCACCGUGAUGAGACGCUGCUUCUGGAGGAGAAUUGCCUUUGCCGCUUUCACUGGUGCUGUGUGGUACAAUGCCGGAAAUGCACGGUCCGCAAAGAGCUCAGUUUGUGCAUUUAAAUGAAUGCAAAAGGGACAUUGGACAGGAGUGGCACAGAGUGGGGGAUGCAGAAUGGAAGCAGACUGUCACAGAAUCCCAAGACUAGAAGCACAACCAAGUUGCCAUUGGUUCCAAGGACAUGACACUGGUCUGGUUUGAGGUUAUGGAACAACCUGCCAGAAAAUGCUGGGACAGACCAGGUCCACUAUGUCCUCUCAGAACAUGUGUUGCAUCCAAGUGCUUGAGGUCCAGCAGAGUUCACUGCAUACAGCACUUGAUUGCAGACCUUCUCUGUGACAGGUCCUUGUUAUUCCAUGCCAAGGUGUGGCUCCAGAUGGGUCCAUCUCUUCCUGUGUCAAUGCGCACUCUUGGCAGCAAAGGUCUCCUGUAUCACCUUUCUCCCAUUAUCAGCUCUCACUGCUUGGCCCCAUGUGAGUCUGUGACUACAAGUCACGCGCAGAUUCCCUGGAGGGAUGGCUUAUGCCUCACUUAUUAGUGGAUCUUUACUGUGUUUGAGAGAACAGCAGAGGUUCCUCAACUUCUCACUCCCGGCUUCUUUGUUUCCCAUCGGCUAGGGCUGGGACUGCAGUUUCUUUCUAUAUUAAUAAAGUUAUUUAAACAAAUAUCCCUCUUUAUCCAGUCAUACCAAUGGGAGUGUUUGCAAAUAACUUAAUUGCUCACUUUAAUCAUUCUGUUGUUCAAAUAACCAAGACGCUUAAUGGAUGGUACCAAGCUGGAUUUUUCUUAGCAUUAAUUUAUCCCACUGGAAUAUGGAAAGGUGAUCAUAACCUGUGUCCAUGAAUGAGAGAAUGGAACCCACAGCGAAUUAUAUUUAUUGCACAUUGGCUCAGAAUAAUAAAAAAAAAGCUUUUGUGGAGGUAGACAUGUGUUGGGGCUGAAUGAUGAAUGAUGGUGUGUUCAGUGUCAAGGAUUCCUGGGCAAGGUAGGUUUUGGAUCUAUGUGGCAUUCGUGCACACUCUGUAUGCUCACACUGGAGCUUUAUAACAUCCUUUCUCCUUAUAACUACAACACUGUACUUCUGUUGGAAAUUGACUUGGAUUCCUUCUUCGAUCUAGCACAAAUGAAAUGGGCAAGCACCUGUUUGUAUUUACUAGAAGACAUUUCCCCUUCUCAGGCUAAGAUCACUAUAAUGCUUGUGCAUCGCACCAGGGAAUCAUGAAAUCUCAAAGACAGGGGACAGGUCUUGGUAAUGACAGUCAAGCUGUCUGCUAAAGCUUUGCAUAGGAUGAAUAGGUGCCACUCCAUUGCAGAAAGAAUGAACACAGGACAGCUUGUAGUUCCAGAUAAGGAUGACCCCAGGAACACUAAUAGGGUGGUGGUGGGGAGGUGCGGUUAUGGAGCAUAAUUAGCAACACCUGGUUGGAAAAUAAAUUCAAAUCCUUGUGUCGUGUCA